GCCAGGGUCAGCAUCGCCGUCACGGCUGAUUCUGCUUCCCGCGGUCCGCCCGGCGCGGGCCCGUCCCCCGCUCCCGCCCUCCCGCGAAGGGGCGCGGCUUCCCGGAGGGGCCCAUGCCGGGCUCCCUCUCUGCGAGGGUGCCAUUAAGGCGCGCUUUGGAGUCGGGAACGGAGGAGCCACAGGUGCAGCCCGAGCCUCCCCGUAAGGAUGCCUUAAGACGAGAACUAUGGAUAAAUAUAUCAAAGUACGGAAGAUUGGAGAAGGAUCCUUUGGGAAAGCAAUACUUGUCAAAGCUAAAGAAAAUGACCAAGAAUAUGUUAUUAAAGAAAUAAACAUCUCUAAGAUGUCAAAUAAGGAGAGAGAAGAAUCAAGGAGAGAAGUUGCGGUUUUGGCUAACAUGAAGCACCCAAAUAUUGUCCUCUGUAGGGAGUCAUUUAAAGAAAAUGGCUGUCUGUACAUAGUGAUGGAUUACUGUGAAGGUGGAGACCUAUUUAAAAAGAUAAAUGCCCAGAAAGGAAUCCUGUUCUCUGAAGAUCAGAUUCUGGAUUGGUUUGUACAAAUCUGUUUAGCACUAAAACACAUACAUGAUAGAAAAAUCUUGCAUCGGGACAUAAAGUCACAGAAUAUAUUUUUAACUAAAGAUGGAACAAUACAGCUGGGAGAUUUUGGAAUCGCCAGAGUUCUGAACAGUACUGCAGAGUUGGCACGCACUUGCAUAGGAACACCGUACUAUUUGUCACCUGAAAUAUGUCAGAACAAGCCUUACAACAAUAAAAGUGAUAUCUGGGCCCUUGGUUGUGUUCUCUAUGAAAUGUGCACACUUAAAUAUGCGUUUGAAGCCGGUAACAUGAAGAACUUGGUCCUGAAGAUAAUCUCUGGACCUUUUCCUCCUGUUUCUAUGCAUUACUCCUAUGAUCUACGUAAUCUGCUGUCACAGCUAUUUAAAAGGAAUCCUAGGAAUAGACCAUCAGUGAACUCCAUAUUGGAGAAAAACUUUAUAGCCAAACGGGUUGAAAAAUUUCUCACACCAGAGCUUAUUGCAGAAGAAUUCAGUCACAAAAUUUUCCACAAGUUUGGACCACAUGCUUCACCAGCUAAAAGACCAGUUCAAGAACAAACACUGACUUCAGUUGCACCAGCUCAGAAAAUUACCAAACCUGCUGCAAAAUACGGAGUACCUUUAACUAUCAGGAAGUCUUGUGGUGCACCUAAAAACCCUAAUGAGAAGAAGCCAUUGACUAAAAUUAGACAGGAACCUUCAAAAAAGAAAAGGUUAGAAUUGCCUGAAAAAGAAAAACGCCAGAGAGAGCAGAUGAGUUUACCGAAGGCAGAUGAAAUGAGAAGAUUGGAAAAAGAAAGGAUGGAACGAAUAAACAGAGCCAGGGAACAAGGAUGGAGGAAUGUGCUUGGUUCAGGAGGAAGUGGUGUUAAGGCACCAUAUUAUGUCAGUGGAGGUGGUGUUGGGCCUUUUCCUGUGUCUUCCAGAGGAUGCUAUGAACACUAUCAUGCUAUUUUUGACCAGAUGCAACAGCAAAAGGAAAAUGUCUUCAGAGUAGCUGAAGAGAGGGAAGCCAAAUUGAGGGCAAAACUACAAGACCGAGGAGCUGUUGAAAGAGGAAUUCCACCUGCAACACAUCCAGGAGUUCCUAAGGGACCUGCAGGUCAUCACCAUUUACCUGAUGUUGGUAAAAGGAAAAGAUUGAAGGAGGUGUCUAAACAAGCCAAUGCAAACAGGCAAAAAGGAUGGAUAGCUGCAGAUAGAGCAAAGCAAGUUGAAGAAUUCUGGCUACGAAAGAGAGAAGCCAUGGAAAACAAAGCUCGAGCUCAGGGACACAUGGGUACACUGCAAAACAUGGCAGAUACCUAUGGAGGCAGGUCUGUUUCUGCAAGAGGAAGGAAAUCCAGAAACAAGGAGGAAGAGGAAUAUUUGGCAAGAUUGAGACAGAUCCGGCUACAAAACUUUAAUGAACGUCAACAGAUCAGAGCAAAACUUCGUGGAGAUAAGACUUUCACUUUGCAGAAUGAAGCUACCAGUUCUGAUGGGCAGGACUCUAGUGAGGAAGCAGAAUUGAAAUGCAAGAAGAUAGAAAUGCAGAAGGCCCAAGCAAAUGCUCGUGCUGCAGUCCUGAAGGAACAGUUGGAGCGAAAAAGAAAGGAAGUGUAUGAAAGAGAGAAAGGAGCCUGGGAAGAACAUCUGAUUGCAAAAGCGGUAAAGAAUCCUAAUGUGCCUUUUCAUGUGGAAGCUACAGAACAUAGUCCUAUGAAUGGACUGCAAGAGCCUGGAGCAGCUCUUCCUAAGCCACAACUUCCAGUGAAGCCUGGUGUACCUGUCAUCUCCAUGACUUCUGCUUUGAAGGAAGUGGGUGUGGAUGAACAUGUAAUAACUGCUGUCCAGGAAUCUGAGGAGGAAAUAAAAAAGCCAAAUUUUGCAAUACAAAAUAAGCGAGAAAUUCUGAGAAGAUUAAAUCAAAAUCUUAAAGCUCAAGAAGAUGGGAAAGGAAAAAAGGAGGGUAAAAAUACCUCUGAAUCAGCUGGAUCUGAAGAUGGUAAGGAACAACAAGGUGACCAGCCACUUCUGGGAGAUCGCAAAAAAUGGGAAUCUGGGGCAUCUGAGUUGGUUGUUCCUCUAGCUCAGUUAUCGAUGGAAGAUUCUUUCUCUGGAACAGAGUGUCAAACUCUGGGGGAAGUAAUUAAGUUAGAUAUUGGUGAACCUCACAGGAAAGUCUGGGGAAAAAGCCCUACUGAUUCAGUUCUGAGGAUCCUAGGAGAAGCAGAGCUGCAGCUGCAAACUGACAUACUUGAGGAACAAGAUGAGACCAAUGGUACUGCAGAACUUCUUGAAGAAGAUCAUCAGUCAUCAGAGGAGAAAGAAGAGAAGGCUUUUUCUCCUGUUGGAACUCAGUCUGCAGUACCAGUUGGUGUUACAAAGUCUGUCAUGACUGUACCAGAAGAAUCUCCAAGAACUGGACCCACCCUGGUACAGAGCAAACCUGUUAUGCUGGAUGAGCCUGAUGAUUUGGAAGCAGAGGUGCUGGAAGAAAUGGAAGAUAAAAAGCACCAGAGUAAGGAGAAUGAGGAGUUUCCUAGCACUGUUAAUGAAGUGGCACAAACUGACGGAAUGAAUGAGGCAGCUUUGGAGGAGGCAGCUUCAAAGAAAGCAGCGCUCAACAAGGUGCAACCACAAAAGGAAACUGCAGCAGAAACUUGCUCCAGUGACUCUCAGCAAGCUGAACCCUUGUUCCAGAGGGUGAUACAGCCCACAGCUGUACCAACAGCCUCACCAGUUCUGUCAGCUCAGUCUUCGCAGGAAGAGUCUUUUGUACCUUGUUCACGUUCCAUAUUGCCAGCAAGAAAUGAAGGCAAAAGUUCUUUAUGAAGCUGUGUCUAAAAGUGAAAUCCAAUUGUGAGAUGAUACCUUGUUUAGAUUCAACAAGUCUCUGUUUCAAAAAAGUCCCUUUUUUUCUGUAGCCACAGCACUGACAUGGCAAGAUGGAGGAAAAUUAUGAGACAUAGGAAUAUUAUUAUGUAUCAGAUGUUUAUACCCUUCUACUUAUGUUAUGAUACUCCCUGGAAAGCACAGACAUAGACCAGAAACCCAUCUGUAUCAGUUUUCCUAAACUCCAGAAUUCAUGAGGGAGGAAACCUUUUCUUAAUGAACUGUACAUAUUUAGCAGCUUCAAUAUUUCCACUACUAUGACUGAAAAAUAAAAUAUUAGAGAUGCAGUGUGAGUGAAUAUUUGCUUGGAAAUCCUAAUAAUCAGAGAAUAUCAUUACCAUUGGAAACAACCAAGUUAGCAUAUCCAGAAAGUAAGACAGAAAAACCUGUCACACUAUCAGCUUAUCCAAACCUACACAAUCCAUGCAUGAAAAAGAAAAAAAAAGGCAAUUUUUUAUACAUACACAGAAUUCAAUAACUAUGACAGCAAAUUUAAAGUUACAGAAUAUCUGAAUUGGAAGGGACCCACAAGGAUUAAGUUCAGCUCCUGACCCUGCACGGGACAGCCCCAAGAAUGGGGGGCUGAGAGCCCCAUGCCACAUGCCUGAGAACCUUGUCCAAAUGCUUCUUGAACUCAGUCUUGCUGUGAUGGGUUCCCUGGGGAGCCUGUUCUAGUGCCCAGCCACCCUCUGGGUGAAGAAACUUUCCCUAAUAUGCAACCUAAACCUCCUGUGACACAGUUUCAUACCAUUUCUUAGGGUCAACUUGAAAGCUAGAACUACACACAAGCUUUUGGAUUGCUUCCUUUUUGAGUUGCAGUUGGCGAGAUGAGUAACUGGAACUUAAACAUUUGUCUAGCUUUUUCAUCACCCAUAGACAAGGGGUCUCAUUUGAUUUUAAAAGAGCAGGCUUUAACUUCUUUUUGUUUUAUGGUAAUUUGUAUGUAUCUUAUGGUUUACUGUAGCAGGAACAGGAUAACUUAGAUCAUAAGGCAGAGCUAUCCACAGCUGGGCCUCAGACCAGGCCUCAGGCCGGGGCCUAGUAGGCCUAGUACGUCCAGCAUACGUAGUACCAGAUAAGGUUAUCUGGUACUGGGAGUGUGUUAAGGUAGGGGUGCUACUAGCAUGGAACAGUUACUGGGAAGACACGGUGGCUACCUUAAACUGCAAUAGCUUACAUACUUCUGUAUGUCCACUGCCUAUCACAGUGCACCUGCUAACUGUAAACGACUCACUCUGUAUAUAACCCGCCAUCUGGGUGAAUAAACCGGAGUACGUGCUGGAACACCA